CUUUACACAACUCACUCCCUCUCCCCCUCCCCCUCCCACAAAUCAAUUCCUAGCCACCUUCAACAAUGGCCCUCUCUCAAGUUGCUUUCAAAGUCGAACAGGCCUUAGGCCGUGGCGGCGAGGCCGUCAGCGAGCAAGGCAUCAGCAACCCUUCCAACAACGUCUCCCGUUUCGCAGACCCCUCGGGCGAACGCAUGAAAGCCGUGACCUGGCAAGGCAAGAACACUGUCAAGGUCGAGGAGACAUUCAAGCCCGCCAUCGUCGAGCCCGCAGAUAUCAUCGUCCGAACCACCGGCACCACCAUUUGCGGCAGUGAUCUCCAUCUCAUCCACGGCGUCGUCAUGGAGAUGCACAAGGGCGACAUUCUCGGCCACGAGUUCUGCGGUGUCGUCGAGAGCGUUGGACCCUCCAUCACCAAGCUCAAGCCCGGCGAUCGCGUCGUCUGCUCCUUCCAGAUCGCCUGUGGCCAAUGUCGCUACUGCGCUGUAAAACUCAGCAGCCAGUGCGAGCGCACCAACGACAGCACGAUCAUGAACUCUCUUUAUGGCGGCCGCACCUCCGGCAUCAUCGGUUACUCUCACCUGAUGGGCGGUUACGCAGGUGGUCAGGCCGAGUAUGUCCGAGUGCCCUUUGGCGAUGUCAACCUGCUCAAGAUCCCCGACAAUGUUCCAGAUGAGAAGGCCCUGUACCUUAGCGAUGUGCUUUGCACGAGCUGGAACUGCGUCGUCGACACGGGCGUGGCCAAGGGCGAUGUCGUUGCUAUCUGGGGUGCAGGCCCAAUCGGCCAGAUGUGUGCUGAGAUGAGCUUUAUCAACGGCGCAUCGCGUGUGAUUCUGAUUGACGGCGGAGAUGCGAGCUGGCGACUCGAGUGGGUGAAGGAGCGAAUCCCCAAGCUCGAGACCGUCAACUAUUCGGACCUCCCCAAGGGCGAGUCGAUCACAAGCCAGCUGAAGAAGAUGACGGGCGGACAGGGCGUGGAUGUCGCGCUGGAGUGCGCCGCUGGAGAAUACGCGAAGGGGUGGGCCCAUUACUUUGAGCUCCUCCUCGGACUCGAGACCGACACUUCCGAGAUCAUCAAUGAGAUGAUUACCAGUUGCCGUGCCUAUGGUCGAUGCGGUGUCACUGGUGCUUAUGUCGGAUUCACGAACCACUUCAACAUCGGCAGUCUGAUGGAGCGCGGCAUUCGACUGAUCGGAAACGGACAGGCACCGGUGCACAAGUACUGGGAGAAGCUGCUUGGCAUGAUCGAGACUGGCGAGCUGGACCCGCUCAGGAUGGUGAGCCAUCGCGUCGUGAUCGAUGACAUGGACCAGGUCUACAUGAAGUACAAUUCGCGCGAGAAGGGUAUGCAGAAGGUGUAUGUGCAGACAAAAUUCUCGGCGCCUCCAUGCCAGGGCAGCCCACAGCUGACGCGGUACUAAGUCGCGAGUCCAGAGGACCCUUGUCGACACACCCGCAAAAAACAAACAACAAAGUUAACCAAUGUACAUAUUCUAGCAGAGCGCAAAAUCUUUAUUGCAAGUCAAUAAAAUUGUGAAUAUAAUUUCAAAAGAC